AUGGACGACGAGGUGGUUCAGCGAGUGCUCCAGGAAGGAGGCCGCGAGUUUCUCAGACAGUCUCCUACGACUUCUUCGUCUUCCUCCUCCAUACUUCAAUCCCUCCCUCUCCAUGUGUCCUUCGAUCAUGGAUAUUACUUGCUUGUGAAAUCGGUUCAAGAACUUCGGGAGAAGAAAGGCGGUGUAGUUACUGUCGGUAUCGGCGGUCCUAGUGGUUCCGGCAAGUCGAGCUUAGCUGAAAAGGUGGCGUCCGUCAUAGGGUGUAUUGUUGUAUCGAUGGAGAAUUACCGGAAUGAAGUUGAUGAUGCGAAUGGUGUGGAUGCUAUCGAUUUUGACGCAUUGGUUCAUAACCUGGAGGAUUUGACGCUGGGGAAGGACACUUUCAUACCUUUGUUUGAUUAUCAACGAAAAAAGCGGGUUGGUUCAAAAGCAAUAAAGAGUACUGCAUCUGGUGUGGUAAUAGUUGAUGGUACUUAUGCUCUACAUGCAAGAUUGCGGUCUCUACUGGAUAUCCGGGUGGCUGUGGUUGGUGGAGUUCAUUUUAGUCUUCUUUCCAAGGUUCGCUAUGAUAUUGGAGAUUCUUGCUCGUUGGAUUACCUUAUUGACAGCAUUUUCCCAAUGUUCAGAAAGCAUAUAGAACCAGAUCUUCAUCAUGCACAGAUUCGGAUAAACAACAGUUUUGUCUCGUCAUUUCGAGAAGCAAUCUACAAGCUGAAGUGUAGAAGUGAGUCAUCAGGUGCAUCUGCUUAUGCAUUUCACGGAACUGAAACACAAACAGACAAUUUCAUAGAGAUGUACCUUAGGCCUCCUGCAGCAAGUGAAGAAGCCCACGUAAAUGAUUGGAUUAAAGUGCGACAGUCUGGUAUUAGAUACUAUCUGUCUCUUGGAGAUCAGAGGAUUGUUGACAAAAACUUCAUUAUCCGGCCUAAAGCUGAGUUUGAGGUUGGAAGAAUGACCCUUGGUGGAUUGCUGGAUUUGGGGUACAAUGUUGUUGUCAGUUAUAAACGAGCAUCGACAUCUGUUACUAAUGGCUUUCUUUCAAUAUCACUGGAGACUAUUGAUUCUCUUGGUGAGACAUUCUUUGUCUUGCGAGGAACUACUAGGAAGGCUGUUGGAGCAGAAGCGCUGAAAAUUGGUGUUAAUGGACCGUGGAUCACUAAGUCAUAUCUUGAAAUGAUUCUUGAGAGAAAAGGUGUACCUCGGUUGAAUACUCCGCCACCAUUAUCUGCCACUGCUACAACUAGCGGGCAGGAAAGGACGAUUGUAGCGCCAAAGCCAAUUCGUACCACUCCAAACCUCGUUAAUCGUCUUGAGGAUCUAUCUCAACCAUGGACACGGUCCCCAACCAAAUCUCAAAUGGAACCUGUGAUAGCAACAUGGCACUUCAUAUCAAGUGAUCCUCUUCAUUCUAGUCAACCAGGAGUAGACUUCUCUCAUGAAGCAACCACAGAUUCCUCCUCUUUCAGGAAAAUGAUGAAGCUUGCUCCAAUGCCGGACUCAUAUGACUUGGACAGAGGGUUGCUUCUUGCUGUUCAAGCAAUACAGGCUUUGUUGGAGAAUAUGGGAACCCCAGUCAUCGUUGGAAUUGGUGGUCCUAGUGGAUCUGGGAAAACUAGCUUGGCUCAUAAAAUGGCAAAUAUUGUUGGCUGUGAAGUAGUAUCGCUUGAAAGCUAUUUCAUAUCUGAACAUGUUAAGGAUUUUAAAUAUGAUGAUUUUAACUCCCUUGAUCUACCUCUGCUUUUGAAGAACAUUGAUGACAUAAGCAAUGGCCAAAAAACAACAGUACCCAUAUUUGAUUUGGAGACUGGUGCCCGUAGUGGAUUCAAAGACCUUGAAGUAUCUGAAGAUUGUGGCGUGGUCAUCUUUGAAGGGGUCUAUGCAUUGCAUCCUGAGAUAAGGAAGUCGUUGGACUUGUGGAUUGCUGUUAUUGGGGGUGUCAAUUCGCAUCUCAUCUCUCGAGUUCAGAGAGACAAAAGCAAAGUCGGGUGUUUUAUGUCGCAAAAUGAGAUCAUGAUGGCAGUGUUCCCAAUGUUCCAGCAGUAUAUCGAACCUCAUCUUGUUCAUGCACAUCUGAAAAUAAGGAAUGAUUUUGACCCUGUGCUUUCACCAGAGAGCUCAUUGUUUGUUCUGAAGAGUAAUAAACAAGUCAGCUACCAAGAUAUAAUGAAAAUUCUCGAACCGGCAAAGUUCUUCAGUUCUAUUCAGAAUUUCAUUGAUAUAUAUUUAAGGCUUCCUGGAAUUCCAAGUAAUGGGAUGCUGACUGAGGGUGAAUGUGUACGCGUUAGAAUUUGCGAAGGAAGAUUUGCAUUGUUGAUAAGAGAGCCCAUUAGAGAAGGGAAUUUUAUCAUCCAACCCAAAGUGGAUUUUGAUAUUAGCAUUAGUACUGUUGCAGGCCUUCUCAAUCUUGGGUACCAAGCUGUAGCUUAUAUUGAAGCGUCUGCAUUUAUAUACCAAGAUGGAAAGAUUCUUAUUGAGGUCGAUCACCUACAAGAUGCUCCAAGUCCUUACCUACAAAUAAAAGGGGUUAACAAAGAAGUGGUCGCUGCUGCCGGCUCAACCCUUAAGCUCGAUGGUUCAUAUACUACUAAGAGUUAUCUCCAAAUUGUGCUAGAAAAUCUUCCGGCCGAUCAAAGUUCCAAUGGUGUCCACAGUCACCAAGCUUCAAGAUUGCAGGAGUUAGUUGAAUUCAUACAGUCUCAGGGAAGCAACACCAGUACAGCUUCAGAGUCAUCCCCAUAUAGGGAUGCAGCGGCUCCAAUCGAAACUGUUAUUGAAGACAUGCAGUCAAGAAUCAAGAGGCUAGAAAGAUGGAACAUAAUCAACACGGUCUUAUGGACUUUCCUGAUGUCUGCCCUUGUAGGGUACUCACUUUACCAGAAGAAGCGGCAAUGA